AUGAAUGAAGAUUGUUUUGAAGAUACCUCCGAAGGAGAUCAGUAUGAAUUAGUCCAAAGCAAAGCUGACAGUGAAAGUUCUGUAUACAUUGAAGGUGAAGAGAUAGAAAGAUCUUCGAAUAAUGAAGAGGAAACCUACUUGGAAGCGUGUGGUAACAAGAAAAGGAUGCGUAUUCUUUCUAGUUCUGACUCCGAGGAUGAAAGGACGAACAUUCCAAGCACAUCGCAAAAUGAUAUCGCAGGGCCUACUGGUUAUGCUAAGAGAAAUAUUAUAUCCGGUUGUGGAACCAGUGCUUUCGAAUGGAUAAUUGACAGACACAUAAUGGAACACAUAAAAGAUUGCACUGAAACCGAGGCGCAUCGAGUUUUGAAAAAAGACUGGACAAUAACAGUUGCUGAGUUACGUAGUUUUCUAGGAAUACUAUAUGUCCAGGGCACACAUGAAGCGAGAUCAUUGAAAGCCUCCGAAAGAUUACAAACAGAUAAAUUUGUGCUGAUAUGCGAAAUAUGGAACAGAUUUAUAAGUAAUAGCCAGGCUUGUUACAAGCCAUUUGAAAAUAUCUCAAUAGAUGAAUAA